ACCUCAACAGUCAACCUCCCCCGCACCCAUGUCCUCCAUCACCGAAGGCGUCCUUCUUGGCAUUGGCAACCCGCUGCUCGACAUCAGCGCCCACGUCGACGCCGCGCUCCUUGCCAAGUACAACCUCAAGUCGAACGAUGCCAUCCUUGCCACUGAGGAGCACGUCAACCUGUACUCGGAGAUGAUUGAAAAGUUCAAGGUCGAGUACGUGGCUGGCGGUGCCACCCAGAACAGCAUCCGCGUUGCUCAGUGGAUGCUUCAAAAGCCCCGCGCCACUACCUACAUUGGCUGCAUUGGCCACGACGCUUUCGGCGCUGAGCUCCGCCGAUGCGCUGAGGCUGACGGUGUCCGCGCCGAGUACCUCGUCGACGCCGCCACUCCCUCUGGCAAGUGCGCCGUGUUGGUGACUGGCAUUGAGCGCUCGCUCGUCGCCCACCUCGCCGCCGCUGAAAAGUACAAGAUUGAGCACCUCAAGAGCGAGGCUGUCUGGGCGCUUGUUGAGCAGGCCCGCGUGUACUACUCGGCUUCCUUCUUCCUGACCGUGUCCACCGAGAGCGCUCUCGAGAUUGGCAAGCACGCCGCCGCCACCAACAAGGUCUUCACCAUGAACCUGGCCGCGCCUUUCCUCUGCCAGUUCUUCAAGGCCAACCUCGACACUGUCUCGCCUUACUGGGACAUUCUCUUUGGCAACGAAACCGAGGCUGAGGCAUGGGCCAAGGCCAACAACUGGGAAACCACCGACCUCAAGGAGAUUGCUCGCCGCACCGCUGCCCUCCCCAAGGUCAACACUGCUCGCCCGCGCACCGUCGUCUUCACCCACGGCCUCCACCCCGUCGUGGUCCUGCACAACGGUGAGAUUACCGAGCACGCCGUCCCGGCCAUCCCCGCCGACCAAAUUGUCGACACCAACGGCGCCGGCGAUGCGUUCGUCGGUGGCUUCCUCAGCCAGUAUGUUGCCAACGCCUCCAUUGCCCAAUGUGUCGGCGCAGGCACCUAUGCCGCCCAAGAGGUCAUUCGUCGCUCUGGCUGCACCUAUCCCCCGGUCCCUGCUUUCUCUGCUUAACUUGUUUGUGUUCCCUGCUUGCGGCUUUCAUUUUUGAUGCAUUUUAAACCCAUUUCCACCACCCCACCCCACUUUUUUUGUUUGUGAUCGUUGAACAAAUAGAACGACUCAAU